AAUUUCCCGUAAGAGCCCUCCCCGCACGGGCGCAGUAGACAGUGUUAACGGUACGGGACCUUCACCCGCUAUAUUUCAAGAGUUAAAAGUAAUUAAACUCAAUUAAAACUGUUUUCAAUACAUGAAGCGGAAAUAAGAAGAUAAUCGUCGGUCGUCGUUCAGGUGUUCUCAAAUGGAUUGAGUAUAAUCUAGAAGAUGAUGGAGGGAAGGGUCCACAGAGGACGAUGGAGUUGUAAAGCCCCUGUUGGCACUGUACUGCUCCUCAUGUGCAUGUUCAUUCCCACUCUGACGUCGUUACCACAACCUUCAGAGGAGCCUCAAUGUUCAGAUCAAGAGUAUCUUUCUGACAACAAAAUUUGUUGCAACAAAUGUUCUCCAGGUUAUAAGCUUGUUCAAAGUUGCCCGGCCAGGAAUCACCGGAGUAAAUGUGAACAAUGCCCACCUAAACAAUUCAUGGAUCAGAUGAACAGUUUUGAAAACUGCAGGAGUUGCAGAACCUGCAAAGAAUCAAGAAAUGAAAUCGAGGUAUCGCCGUGUGAAAUAGACAGAAACACUAUUUGCCGUUGUAAAGAUGGUUAUUACAAAUACAAAAUUGACUCAGAAACCAACGAGUGCCGCAAAUGUACACCAUGUCGAGCUAAGGAGAAGGAAAAACACACAUGUACAUCGGAGAGAAACACUGUGUGUGAAUGCAUAGAAAGCUAUUAUAGAGUCAACAACAGGUGUGAAUCCUGCAAGAAUUGUACCAGUGAGUGCAAACAUCUUUGUUCAGCUCCUACUCUGAAUACAAAAGCUCCUGGUCUUGAAGAGAAAUAUCUUGCCAACAUAAUUGGAGUAGUUGUAGCUGUGGUUCUGGUAAUGUCGGGACUGAUCAUCAUCACCUACAUUGUAACUAGAUGGUCCACACAGAACAAGCUACAGAAGACACACACUGAAACAUCCCAGGACUCUCAGGACUCAGUGGAGCGAGGCCUAAUAUACAAAGAGCAGCAUACAAGCAACAGCGUGGAGGCUGUUCCCAUGAGUCUUUUGAGUGAACAGGAGACAUCCAAUCUACCAGACUGUGUCCCGCUGGAAAUCAAGAUUCCUGGCCUGAUCUACACAGUGCUGGAUCUAGUUCCUGUGAUGCAGGUGAAGCAGCUGGCACGCUCUCUUGGCGUGAAGGAUUCAGAGAUCGAACAUGCUGAGCUGGAUCACCGAUCUUCCCGGGAGGCUCACUACCAGAUGCUGAGGGUGUGGGCUGAGAGAGGGUCCCGUGUGAGCGAAGGAGGACGUGGGGGAAUGGUGCACAGGUCUCUGCUGCAGGAGCUGUUGGACAAACUGAGAGAGAUGUAUUUGGGACGGGCAGCUGAGGAGCUGGAGACAAAGUACGGCAUUCAGUGACUCUGUAACGGGUGCCAAGUUGGACUGAGAGCUCAUGAAACCAAGUAUUGUUUCCUUUAGAGACUCACUCAUGGUGCUACAAUCAGAGCAGUUUUAUUUCACAGCAGCCAGCGUCACUGAGCACUGCACCUCUCCUCCUGCCAAUCACUUGCUAAAACAAUAGGCUUUAACUACUGAGAGCAAAAGAUCAAAUGGUUCAGGGAGGAGGGGCCACUGAAAAUGUGAUUUUGCACUGAUGUUUUCUGCUAAAAAUGCUCAUAGUGUUUAGAGCAAUUUAUAUAUUUAGAGGGACGACGGGGAAUUCUGCAAACAAAGCUUACUCUCUCUAUUGCAGAGUUACAAUCUUGUGCUUUAAAAUCAUCAAUUAAAUAUGCAGAUUAGCAUGAUUUGCUUAAUGACUGGAAAUUGGGCUAACAGCUAAUCUAGCUCUCUCCGAAAGCAUCUACACAUCAAACAUGUGUGAACACCUUUAUCUGGUUUUGAAUUGAUACCGAUUGCAAAAGCCAAAAUUAGCAGUUAUAUAUGAAGAAACAUACAGGAACUGCUUUUUGUCUUGGGGCUGUGAGGUACAGGGGUAAAAGCAGCCCGACCAAACAAAUGCUGCUGGACAAAUGCUUGCUGUGUCCAGUACCCAGUCAUUAAGCUAAGCUAACAGGCUACAGCUUUAUGAUAACAGUAUAAAUACCAAAGAAUUAAGGUUUUCUUUUAAAACUUGGCUAGAAAGUCAGCAGGUUUCCAAAGAGGCUAUAUUGACUCAAAGGCUGGUGUUACCCUCUUAAAAGCUGUUUUCAUUCUCUCAUAGUGAGAAAAUUUAACCGUCUAGUAGGGCGGGGUCUCACAAGGCAAGUCAUGACAAAUUUGUCCUUUGUGCCAGUGCAGCUUGUAACUACAUAUACUUAAAGUAUCAACAAAUAAGUGGCAUACAACAUGAUGAGCAUAAAGAGUAUGAAGCAGCUUUAGGUGAAUGAUUGCACAAGUUGCAAAACAUGAACCCCAACAUCUUCUAAACAUUUACUAAAGGGCAGGCAGAGAGAAGCCUGGCAAAAUGUGAGCUGGAAAAUCAACUGCUCAUGUUGAGAAUUUCAAAUUUAUGUGAAAACAGCAUAGAAAAUGCUCACCUUCACAGACGGGGAAUACCUCUAGAAUUUGGGAGUUCAGAGGGUGGAUUGUCCUGCCCAACCCCAGCGAACACUUGUGGGAUCAGCUUGGGCGUGAGGUUUGUGCCAGAGUGACCAACACAGCUGACUGCUGACUAGUGACAAAUGCUGGUUGAAGAAUGGGAUGCCAUCCCACAGCAGUAUUUGACCAGGCUGGUGGCCAGCAUGAGGAGGAGGUGCCAGGCUGUUGUGGCUGUGUAUGGUUCUUCCACGCACUACUGAGGCUCCUGUUCGUUAAAUGAAGUAAUUUUUAAACUGCCAAUAUGUUUUGUGUCUUCAGACUUCAAUUGAGCAAUCCACCAAACAACACCAAAGAAGAGUCAAUGGCAGGAUAAGCGGCUUGGAUUCGUAAGAGAAGAUUUGGCAAAUUUUUCAUGGGUGCAACCCACAUACUCAGCUCUGCUGCUCAUCCCACAAAUGAAUGGGAUGAGCACCAUGGAAUGGCACCAUUGAAAGAGAAUAAACAGGAUGUCUGACAGUAUAAAAUCUACUGCGAAGAAAAACUGUUACAACAGAAAAAUAAUCUACCAAACACACAUUUCCUUACUUGUUGUGCUAAGUUUAGUUUUUAUUAUGACACAUUAAUUAAUGACGAUGCCUGAAUUUUGUCUGAUAGAACUAUGAUGUUUUUAUUGAUCAGCAGCCCUUAAAUGCCUACUCUUUUUUUUAUCAUGAGAAAAUACAUUUUAUAUUGACAAAGAGGGAACUGCAAAAAUCAAAUCCCUCCCAUUCAAGCUGGAGGUUAACAGAGGGUAUUUUAAUGUAGUUCCUGUUUAAACUGUGGAAAAGGUUAAUAGUCUCUUGGUAACUAUGGGAAGUUUGUAGUUCCUACUUACUGUGUGCCACUUUUCACAGCCACAUUAGCAUUCUUUUCAGCCCCAUCAUACAAGCAUUAUUCAUGACUGUUAGAGGAAAGGGGACACGCCUUGUCUCAGUAUGCCUCAGCCAAAACAGCUCUUAUAAUUCUAGUCUUGGCCUGCAGAUUGUGAAAUGAAUCAGUCACACUCAGGCAGACUGAGGACCUGACAAAAAAAAAAACAAAAAAAAAACUAAAAAGAAAGAAGCACUUUCAGCCCUUUGUAUUCACCUGAAUAUUCAAACAGCAUCUUUUCUUGAAUGAACAAAUGUUAAGCUGCACAUGUAAGACUUUUAUAGUAUCAGAUUUUUAAUAAAUGUGUUGGUAUCUAAA